CCAGUCUCCAGUUCUUCGGUCGCUGUUCUUUUCCUGGUGGUGCUGAACUGAGCGGCGCUGUCCGGUGCUGAAAUCCGACACUGCUCCAGGAGCUGUCCGGUACAGGAGACCACCACCGGGAUACGGAUUUGAUGCAUCGGAAUAAAAACAGCCAACUUAAACGCAGAAGGAUACUGUUUUUUUUUUUUUUUUUUUUACAGGAUAUUGCACGUGCAUGUGCAACAUCCAAACAGGAACCUCUAACCUAGGGAAAGGCUUUACAGUAAUAUUUCUUUUGGACCUUUCAGAGCUCCACAGUUCUGCCAGCAGCCCCAGAAUUCUCUCAGGACAAACAAUCAACCACACAGAAAGUCAAAAACGUGAAGAAAAAAAAAAAAAAAAGCACAAGUAGAUGGAAAGUGUUGCGUGUGUCUGACUCUUUAAAGUCAUGUCUCCUUUAAAUGUCCGAGGAUAGUUGAUGGGAAGGAAGCAACUUCAGCAGCGGAAAGCAGUGAUUUGAAAUCAAACGGGUGAUUCAUCAAGACGAUUUAGGUCAGGUUGGGUGUCAUAGAAGUGUGUGAGUGUUGUAUAUGUGUAAGAACACAACUACCGUCCCAUCAUGCCUCGGUCUUUCUUGGUAAAGAAAGUCAAACUGGAUGAUUUUUCCGCCGCAGAGCUGGAGAGCUCAUACCAGCACAGCCGAAGAGAGGAACUGAGUCUGCGAUUCCAUCACCAUGACAAAGGCUUCGUCAACGAUUAUCUGAGUCCAUCUCCUUAUGGUGAUGUGGUGCGAAGUGACUCAUCCGUCAUUUCCAAAGUAGCGUCUCCGGGGCAUCCCUCCAUCAUUUACAGCCACAUCGAUGACACUUACACCGGCGACAUCCACGGUGACUCAGAUCAGCCCGACAGCCCACGGUCCGAAAUUUCAUCGUCGGCCGGAGGGUACAUCAACGGGGACGCAGCCGUCAGCGAAGGGUACACCGUGGAUGCGUUUUUCAUCAUGGACGGGCGAUCGAGAAGGAAAACGACAGAAAACCCCAGAGGCAGCGUCCAGAGACACACCUGCAGCGAAUGUGGCAAAACCUACGCCACAUCCUCCAACCUCAGCCGGCAUAAACAGACGCACAGGAGCAUAGACAGUAAAAUGGCCAAGAAAUGUCCCACGUGCGGUAAAGUCUAUGUUUCCAUGCCUGCGAUGGCCAUGCAUCUGCUGACCCACGACCUCAAGCACAAGUGCGAUGUUUGCGGGAAAGCGUUCAGUCGACCGUGGCUGCUGCAAGGCCACAAACGCUCACACACGGGGGAGAAACCGUUCGGCUGCACACACUGUGGGAAAGCCUUCGCCGACCGCUCCAACCUACGCGCUCAUAUGCAGACACACUCGGCCUUUAAGCACUACAAAUGUAAACGCUGUAACAAGACAUUUGCACUCAAGAGUUACCUGAACAAGCAUUAUGAGUCAGCCUGCUUCAAGGGGACCUUCUCCCCCCUGAGUUCACUGGGGGAAUGACGGACUGGAAAGGACUGACUGGAGUUUGUGUUCUUUAGUUCGGUCUGAUUUUACAUGAUUCAUUACCUACUUCCUUAUGGGGUAAGGAAGCUGUCCAAAUAUUCAUGUGCAUAAGACAUAUAUGUGCGCAUAACAGCCUAUA